AUGCCUUCUGCAUCCUGUGAUACACUGUUGGAUGACAUAGAAGAUAUUGUGACAGAGGAAGAUUCAAAGCCACAAGACAGGCAUUUUGCUAGAAAGCAUGUUGUUCCAAAGGUGCGAAAGCGAAAUACUCAGAAGUAUUUGCAAGAGGAUAUCAAUCUACCAAGUGAUAGCACUAUUCCAGGCAUACAGAAAAUUUGGAUACGAACAUGGGGUUGUUCUCAUAAUAAUUCAGAUGGAGAAUAUAUGGCUGGACAGCUAGCUGCUUAUGGAUAUAAAAUUACAGAAAAUGCAUCAGAUGCAGAUUUAUGGCUCCUGAAUAGUUGUACUGUAAAAAACCCAGCUGAAGACCACUUUAGGAACUCAAUUAAAAAAGCUCAAGAAGAGAACAAGAAAAUAGUGCUAGCUGGAUGUGUUCCUCAAGCCCAGCCUCGUCAGGACUACCUUAAAGGACUGAGUAUUAUAGGGGUUCAACAAAUAGAUCGUGUCGUAGAAGUUGUGGAGGAAACAAUUAAAGGUCAUUCUGUGAGACUACUGGGUCAGAAAAAGGAUAAUGGAAAACGGUUGGGGGGAGCACGAUUGGAUUUGCCGAAGAUUAGGAAGAAUCCACUGAUAGAAAUAAUUUCCAUCAAUACUGGGUGUCUCAAUGCUUGUACCUACUGCAAAACUAAACACGCCAGAGGAAAUUUGGCCAGUUAUCCAAUUGAUGAACUAGUAGAUAGAGCCAAACAGUCUUUUCAAGAGGGUGUUUGUGAGAUAUGGUUGACCAGUGAAGACACAGGGGCUUAUGGCAGAGAUAUUGGCACCAAUCUCCCCACACUACUGUGGAAACUGGUUGAAGUGAUUCCUGAGGGAGCUAUGCUGAGGCUGGGCAUGACAAAUCCGCCCUACAUUUUAGAGCAUCUGGAGGAAAUGGCGAAAAUCCUUAAUCACCCCAGAGUCUAUGCCUUUCUGCACAUACCAGUCCAGUCUGCCUCUGACACUGUGCUCAUGGAAAUGAAAAGAGAAUACUGCGUGGCUGACUUCAAAAGAGUAGUGGAUUUUCUGAAAGACAAAGUUCCUGGAAUAACUCUUGCUACAGACAUCAUCUGUGGUUUUCCUGGAGAAACAGACCAAGAUUUUCAAGAAACAGUAAAACUUGUUGAAGAGUACAAAUUCCCAAGCCUCUUUAUUAACCAGUUUUACCCAAGACCAGGAACUCCUGCUGCAAAAAUGGAACAAGUUCCGGCACAAGUGAAAAAGCAAAGAACAAAAAAUCUUUCUCUGGUGUUUCAUUCUUACAGUCCAUAUGAUCACAAGUGGGGAGAAGAACAGCCUGGUAUGAUAACUGAAAAAUCUUAUUCAGAGGCAUUUUAUUUCUGCUCCAAUAGAUUCCACUUUGAAGUAUUAGUGCCAAAGAACCCCUCAUUCAUGGGGAAAAUGGUCGAAGUAGACAUUUAUGAAUCAGGAAAACAUUUUAUGAAAGGGCAGCCAGUAUCAGACGCCAGAGUCUACACACCAUCCAUCAGUGAGCCAUUAGCAAAGGGAGAAGUCUCAGGUUUAAGAGAGGAAUUCAGAAAUAAGUGUGGGGCUCACUUGAGUUCACUCUCCCCCACCUCUGCUGCAAUUCAGCGGGAUUCAGUGAACUCCAGAAUGGUGCUACAGAUGCAGAAGCUACAUGAAGACUGUGCACUGAAGAUAUCUGUGGGAUUAGCUCUGUUGGCACUUCUUUUUGCUUUCUUUGUGAAGGUCUAUAAUUGGAACACAACUGAAUGA